AUGGUGCGGCUGACGCUGGAACAUAUGGCGAGGGAGGCCGCGCUGGCCGGCUGCCUCACCACAUUCCUCGACCUCUCCCACCGCUCCUUCACCGACGUGUCGUGCUUGGGGAGCUUCAAGAACCUGGAGCGCCUCGACCUCGGCCACAACUGCCUCGUCACGCUCGAGGGCUUGUCCGCAUGCACCAAUCUAAAAUGGCUCUCAGUCAUCGAAAACAAGCUUGUGAGCUUGAAAGGUGCCGAAUUCCUCUCAAAGCUACAGGCAUGA